GUCGCACACCGGGUAUUCGCAUGCUUGCAUUGAUACGUCAUCAAAGUGAUGUGGAACUUGUGUGCAUGUGCUAUGACAAGUAUACGUUUUAUUUUUUUUGUUUUAUUGCAUCAGUGAAUUGUAAAAGUGAACACAGAUAUAAAUUGAUGUUACUACGAACUGUAAAUAAUUUAACAGAUUUAUAUAUUUAACGAAUCUACAAAGAUGGCGCUCAUUUUGAUUUACCUAUAUGCUGUGAAGUGCUUGUUUGACAUAUGAAGAGGUUAUAUUUCUUCGUGUCUGUCGUUUUCUUCAUAUUGUCCACUAACUCGCUAUAAAGAAAUUUGAUGAUUAUUUCGCUACGAAAAACACUCAAACAUAUAAGGAUAAAAACAUAUUACUCUGUAAACCAUUAUUAGUGACUGUUAAAAAGUUACUGAGUUUCUAUGACAGUGGUUUGUCAAAAAGUUUAAAGAACGGCAAUGGGGACAACACCAAGUCGAUGCGAUGAUUUUUCUAAAAAUGUUCAUUUGGAAAGGUUUUGUGGAAAAAAGAGUAUUUUACCAAAUGAUCCAUUUUGGGAUACUUUUCUAUCUUACAACAUGCGUCCACCUAUUACAAGAAAUGAUCAAAUAGAGUUAGAUUCUCGAUUGGAUUCAUCUUGUCAACAAUUACUUGCUAAUAAUUUAACUACUGGGAACUUUGGCAGUUUAAUACAAGUUGCUCUUACUCGUGCCAGCAACUUGCUUGCACCAAUGCAAAAUCAAAAGAUCAUAUCAGCAUGGCAAACAUACAAUGCAUUGUUCGCAGUAAGAUGUAUAUUAAAAUAUUUAAUUGAAACAGUUGGUGAAGAAGAAAUGAUAAAGCAUAUAGAAGCACCCCAAUUACCUGUAAUGACGCAAACAAAUUCAUCUUACAGAUUGGAAGACCUUUAUGAAUCAUUAGUUGAUAUUAUAACAGAUGUACCAUUAUGUGAAUUUACAUAUGUCGUUCAUCUAGAAGCAAUAAAUUGCUUACUUGUACUACUUUCGGUACAAUUAUUUUCACAAACUGCGGCUGAAUACAGCUCCAUUUAUAGAAUAGCAAUGCAUUCACAUUCUAGUGAACAUGCACCAGCAUUGGUUUGUACAUUAUUACAUAAUUUUGUACAGCAAGAACAUGCUCCUCCAGGAUUACUUACUCAACAAGCUGGAGGAAGUAUUGUCUUUAGUAUAGCGGCUGGGUUAUGGAAUGUGAUUACAAUGGGUAUGGGUAGUAGCUUAAAAAGUACACAAGUAACAAGUAAUGGUACUUCUGAAGUAGAAGAAAAAAAACGUGACACAGAAACACCACUUGCUAGUCAGUCUUUAUUAUUGUUAUUGGUUCUAACAAAUCAUUGUACCGCAACACAAAAUCCUUACAGAAAUGCACUUUUCAGUUUUGUCGACUUGCGAGGAGAUUAUUCUACGGUACAAGCAUUUAGAUUUAAUUUAAAUAAAUUGUAUAAUACUAUAUGUAAAAUACCCAAUACGGAUGAAGUUACGUUAUUGUUGUAUAUGUUACUACAUAGAAAUUCAAGUGUAAAACAAGACAUCAUGAGAAGACCUGAUAUACAACUAUUGGUAACACCUAUACUGCAAAUAUUAUAUCACGCUCCAAAUAAUACAUCUCAUCACAUUUACAUGUCUCUCAUUAUUCUUCUCAUCUUGAGCGAAGAUGAAACCUUUAAUAAAAGAAUACAUGAAAUAAUGCUUAAAGGUGUAAGUUGGUACACGGAAAGAUCAAUAAGUGAAAUAUCAUUGGGAGGUCUUCUGAUUCUUGUUGUAAUACGGACUAUUCAGUACAACAUGUUCAAAAUGAGGGAUAAAUAUCUACAUACAAAUUGUUUAGCAGCUUUAGCAAAUAUGUCUGCGCAAUUCACAUCUUUACAUCCAUAUGUUAGUCAAAGACUGUUAAGUUUAUUUGAAACUCUUGCGAAAAAACAUGUCAGAUUAGAAGCAAAGAUACAAGCGCAGCCUUCCGCGCCUUCAGACAGUACCACCGUUACUGUUAAUGGAACUACUGCAAAUACAGACUUGAUUCAAGACUUAACGAUACUUGAAGAAGUAUUACGAAUGGUAUUAGAAAUCAUAAAUAGCUGCCUAACUUAUAGACUUGCACAUAAUCCAAAUUUGAUAUACACACUUUUAUACAAAAAAGAUAUUUUUCAACCAUUCAGGACACACACGGCAUUUCAAGACAUUGUGCAAAAUAUAGAUUCUGUGAUUAAUUUCUUUUCUUACAAAUUGGAGCAGAAAGAUCAAUCCCAACUUGGUGUCAGCCAAGUAUUGACUACGAUACAACAAGGUACCAACGAAUGGCCUCGUGAUCGAUUACGGAAAUUUCCAGAACUGAAAUUUAAAUAUGUGGAAGAAGAACAGCCUGAAGAAUUCUUCAUCCCUUAUGUAUGGAGCGUUGUUUAUCAAAGCGCGCUCUUACAUUGGAAUGCAGAAAACAUAAAACUAUUUUCACAUAACGGUGAUAAUGCAACGAUUAUUGUUUGUUUAUACUGAAACGUCAACUGCUCGAUGCAGUAAUUAUAGGUAAUUGUGUCCAAUUGUAAUUGUAACAGGAAAUAUGGGAAAUAUUUCGUAACAAAACGUUUAUUUGAUACGAAAUGAAAAAAUAACUAUCUUAAUUUAUUGUAAAAGUAAACAAAGAAGAAGAAUAGAACAAAAUUCUAAAAAAUAUGUAUUCACUUUACAUUUGGAAUCCAUUUAAUGGUACUCUUACCUUAAUUUUCUGAAGAUUUCGCUUAUUGGUGUUAAUUACUUUUGUAAAAUAACUUUUCUUUAAUCAUGUUUUGUAAUAGAUGGAGUAAUUAAUGUUUAACAGUGAUAGCGAGAAUUGUAAAACUUUAUAAAAUAUUUUAAUAUUUUUAAUGUGUGAGCCUAAAUAAUAGAAUUAAUAGGAAAUUUGAUUUCAUGUUAAAACAAACUUCUAUAUUGCCAAGACUGGAAUAGCGAAAUUUAUUAUUUUUUCAAGAGGUAUUAUGAUUUAAUAAAUAUUUAAACAAAAUAACGAUAUAAUUGACUGAAGGAUUUUAAAAGUGAGAAGAUGAAAUAUAAAUAAUAAUUUUUGCUUUAAGAAUUUCAUUAUAGAAAUAUAAACAAACAAAAAUGUUUGUUUAGCUUUCAAUAUAGUAAUACAUAUAUUGUUAACAUAUAUACACGAAUCAGCUUUAUGUUUAAAUUCCUCAUUGUGCAAUAUAGUUUUAAAAAAGUAAAUGUUUGGACAAGCUUUUUCUUGCCCAACAUUUUUAUAUAAGCAAUCGAAAUGCAUUGUUUAUUAUCUUCAAUAUCAGAAUCUAACGAAGAUUGAAAUCACUGUUCCAGAUAUGAUUUAAUUAUCAAAAAAAUUCAAAAUAUUUUGCAUAGAAAAGUAAAUAAUUACCAUUAAUUAGCUUUUAUCAGACAUCAUUAUUUAUAAUUAUUGCUAACGUAUACAUUCAUUUACGUUUUGCAAAAUGUAUGUUUAAUUGUAAAUAUAUGAUACGUAUUUAAGUGCAUAUAAAAAUAUUAACUUAAUACUUAUUUAAUGAGAACUUAUUAAAAUCCCAUUGUGUAGCAGUAAUUGUAUAGGCAUACAAUUAAUGCUGUUAACAUGUCAAAUAAUUUUAAUUUAAAAAUAUCCUAAUAUUUUUUGCAUAUAAGGGAUACAUAUGCAUACAGAAAUAAAACAUUCUGUCAUUUAUAAAGAGCAUUGGUCUAUUUUAUUAAAUAUCCAAUGUACUUAGAAAGUCCGGUAUAAUCAUUCCAUGAAGAAAAUAGGUAAGCAAAAUAAAGCCAUAAAUGCAUAAUAUAUAUAGUAAGAUAAUUAAGUGUCAGAUUUUUUUAUAAUAAAUACAAUGACAUAAUUAAGUACCAAAUUUUGUAGGACCUUUCGAAAAA